CGAGACUCGAGUGAAGUAGUACUUGUUCAACGCUCAAGCCAAGAUCCGGAAUGUAGCUACUUAGGGCAACUCCGCUUGUCAGGCAGACAGGCACGCAGCUGUUGAGGCUGUCCAGCAAGUAAUUGCAAGCGAGCUGCAGGCGCCUGCCUAUGCGACCUCUCGCUAUCACCAAUCUCUUCAAGAAGCAUCAUGUCCUCUCCAAACGGGGCAUAUGACCAGAACCUACUUGAUGCAGCUCCCGCAGCGACGAGGGCACAGAGGCAGGAAGGCUACAACGUCGAUUUACUCGACGACCGUCCUACCCGCCCCGUAUCGACACAACCACUCACACUUCCACAACCAAUUCCUAGUGAUACAGAUGUCGAAAGCAGCUCGCUGGUACAGGAAAAGGAUGUUCCUGGAGCUGCUGCUGCUACAUAUGCCUCGCAUCCCACCAAAUCUUUUUGGCGGACUCGCAAUGGCAAAAUCACCAUCUUUGUUAUCGCCAUUGUCGUUAUCGGUGCUAUAGUUGGUGGCGCCGUCGGAGGGAACUGUCGGGAAAAUCAGCUCAAAUAACAACGCCCCUCAAAGUGUACCCUCGGGCAGUUCUACAUCCUCAUCUACAUCCUCAUCUAAUGAGACACCUGCCACUUCCGCGACUAGCGACGCGGGAGUAUCACCAAACUCCACACCUGGCGCUCAGUCAGUGCAAACUGGUUCAGCAGCUGAUUCAGCGACACACACCCCGUCAGCAGCACCCACUCCAUAAUGAGUCAGGGAACAGGGAAUCGGGACGCCACAGUUUGGCAGAGGAUGCAGGGAGUGAUGAUGGCGCACUGGAAUUUUAUCGACUUUGACCAGUAAUUUCUCUUGCGGAUCACUUUUUCGUUGG